AUGGCGAAGAAAUCAAUUGGAAGCUUAAUGCGGAAAAAGCUCUCUGAUAUCACCAACAUUAACUCUCACUCUCAACAAUAUAACAACCCACAUUCUCUUCAUGACUCUGACACCUUCCCCUCUCACCAUGAUUCCAUUCAACAACUCCUAAAGGAAAGAACGGCUUUGAUCCAACUCCUUGCCGAAAGAAAUAAAAUGAUUGAAGUGAGUGGCGCGGAGCUGCAGAGGCUGAGAGGCGAUAUCAAGAAGCUGCAGCUGCAAAACUGGAAUCUUGCUCAGUCCAAUAGCCACAUGCUAGCGGAGCUUAACUUGGGGAGGGAAAGGAUAAAAACGCUGCAACAUGAGAUUUUGUGGAGGGCUGCUUUAAUUAAAGGAAGGACUAUGGAUGUGCAGGAAAAAGUGGAGCUUAACAACGAAAAGAAUUCAACUUUGCCACAGUCACAGACACAGGAAGGGGAUGAAAAAGCAGGGCAGCCACCCCCUGAAGCUAGCAAUGACGAACAACAACCACCCUAUAAGAAUAGAAGACAUAUAAGGAGUAGAUCUAUUGGUUCUUCUACUGCUUCCAAGAAUACAAACAAAGACAAAGCCAAAGACAAUAGGAGACGUUUGAGGAGACAUUCUGCUACGUUCAAAACCCAUGAACAUGAACCUUUAGAAAAUUUGUUCGAGUUAGAGGAUGCUGCAAUUCUUGUCAAUCAACCUGGACCUAACAUGCUGAGAUCUUCAACUUUAAAAACAGAAACAGGGGAAAGCUCUGUUUUAAGAAGAGAAGCUCCGAGGUAUUCUUUUGGAAGACCCUUACGAAGUGCAGUUCAGAAGGUUCAAUCUUACAAGGAGAUUCCACUGAAUGUCAAGAUGCGAAGACUGGAAUAA